AUGAAUCAAAUAGAAGCAGGGUUAGAACCAAGUACCUCAUCAAAUCUUGGACCAAAAGGAAUUGAACGUUUAGAAACAGAUUUUACCGAAAUUAAACGAAUCACUGAUCCAUCACAAAUUCGUGAAAGAAGAGAAAAAGAAGGUAAAGAACAAGAACGUUUAUCAAAAUUUGAACUCUCCUUUCAACUUCAACCAUUUUAUGGUAAUGAAAUUCCUGAAGAUCACCUGAUUCAAAUAAUUGUUGCUGAAUAUAAUUAUAGUUUAAAGAAAUAUUCAAUUAUUGGAACAACAGAAUGUAUGAAACAAAUUUAUUGUGAGAAUAAGGAGGAACGUAUCAUGUUGGGUGAUUAUAAUUUUGUUAAACCAAUUUCUAGAACUUUUCAAUUUGGUUGCGUUCAGAAAAUGAAAAUUUUCAUUCGUUUUGUUUCACCUAAAGAUGCAAAACAAUUAACUUCACAAUCACAAUCAUUUUCACAAAGUUUUUACAAGUACAAUAAUCAAAUGGGUUCAUCACAUAAUGUACUAGUUGAAAAUGAUGAAUCAGAAUCUUCAAGUAAUUUAUUUGGAAUUCCAAAUCAAAAAUAUGAACUAGUAGAAGAAUCUGAUGCAAGAAUUGUAAUGGAAUCUGAUGAAUUUACCAUUGCUGAUUUAUUAAUGACAGUUCCACACACUGGAAUGUCAACUCGUGAAAUGAUGGAUUUUAGAACUCAUGCUCGUGUUAUUCAAUUCUCUAAACUUCAUAAUAAUUUUAUAAUUGAUAAGAAGAAAUCCGAUGUUUCAUUGGAUUCAAAACUUCCACGUGUUAUUGUUUCAUUGAUAACACCAGCUCCUCGUGAACAUAUUGUUGAGAGAGAAACAACUGAAUCUGGUACUCAAAUUAUUUUGAAGAAUAUUUCUGAAUAUGGUGAAGUUGAAUCAAAGAGAAUGUCAAUUACUCUUCGUCUUCAAAUUAGAGAUGCUCCAAUUCUUGAUAGAUUCUCUUCAAGUUGUUCUCCUUAUUUUAUUGUUUAUAAGGAUGGUGUUAAAUUUAAACAAAGAUUAUACACAAGUGAAAUUAAGAAGAAAUCUCCAAAUUCUACCUAUAGAGUUUUCUCAUUUGGUUUGGAAGGUGAAAGAUCUCUCGAUAAGUCCAUGUUAAUUGAAUGGUGGCAUUUUAAUGAGUUUGGAAAGAAUGAAUUCAUUGGUAUUGUUCGUACUGAUAUUUUAGAUAUGAGAGAACAUCAAACUUGUGAAUUUAAAAUUGUUAACCCAGAUACUCCAAAUGCUUUCCGUGGUACAAUGCAUGUUUUGAAAUAUGAAGAAAGAAUUUGGAUGAUUGAGGAUGUUAAUCAAAAAUUCAAAUCUAAAAAGACUGGUGAAAUGAAAAUUCAAUCCUAUCGCUUAUUUAAGAAUGAUUUCUCAAUUAUGAAUUAUUUGGGUUAUUAUGAAAUGAGAUUGUGUUUUGGUAUUGAUUUAACCUCAACAAAUGGUAUUCAACCAACUUCAAACAAGCGUUCUCUCCAUUACAUUGGUGCUACGAGUGAAGAGAGAAAAUCUCCAAAUCCACUCAAUCCAUAUGAGAAAUGUAUGGUUGGUAUUAUGCGUGCAGUUUAUCAAUAUGGUUAUCAACGCGAAAUGAAAAUGUAUGGUUUUGGUGCUCUAGCUCCAAAUGUUGUCUUUGAAAUGCAAGAGAAGAAACGUGUUGCUCGUGAAUCAGGCAUUCGUGAUGAAAAGACCAUGCUCCACACCUAUCGUAGAACUGUAAAGAAGGUUCUCUUGGGAUUGGAAAAUAAUUUUACCAAAAUUAUUGCUGAAGUUGCUGCUUUUGCUGAACGUUUGAAUCACUACUUUAUCUGCGUUAUUAUUACAGAUGGUGAUGAAGGUAUCAAUAGAAAGUUAACAUUACAACUCUUGAAACAAUCACAACUCUGUGGUGUUUCGUUUGUAUUUGUUGGAGUUGGUAACAAGUCUCUAUUCAAGAAUUUGAUGAGCUUCCAAACCAAUUGUCGUAACGUAACUUUUGUCAAGUAUAAUGAUAAUAUGGAAUUGAAUGCCAUGAAUGCUCUCAGAGAAGUUCAACAACAUGCCAGAGAAUAUUUGGCACAAAGAAAAAUUGUACCAGAAGAGUACUAA